CAUCUGGUCUUCAAUGUGCCUUCUUUGUCCUCUCCGUGACGCGGAGAUGCCCCAAUGGCCUCCUCAUUUGACGACACUCUCAAGCCCCUGCUUUUUUAAAACUUACGUUCAAGUUCAAGAUUCUUACACACAGCAGGUUCGACUUCCAUACCGCUGACCAUCUAGGCCUAGAAGCUCGAUUAUCUCGCCUUCUUGCUAGCCCUAGAAAGACACCUACAUACGGCUUCCAUAUACGGCUUCCAUCUGUCCGGAUCUAACUCAACCCUCCUAAGCAUGGCUUUCAACUCCAAUUCCAGCCUCGCCUUACUCACCACCCUAAGCCUCACAACCCUCACCAACGCCGAUGUCCCCGUCUCCAUCUUCUCUUACACGCCUUACCUUCAACAGCGAGAAUGCGUCAAGGAUUGCAUCUGGCACUCGGGCUUUACAGCAAAAGACCUUAUUGUCGCCCUUGGAUGCAGCGGGCCAUGGGUUAACGAAUGCUAUUGCAGCGGCAACGACAAUUACGAACACGCCAGUACGGCCAGCUCCUUUCUCCAGAGCUGCGUCGCCGAUAGUUGUCGGACUCCGUCGACGGACAUGCUGGUUACGAGCGCUUUUGGGGUUUAUAACGAGUACUGCGCGGAGGCGGGGAUGGCUAUUCCUUUGGUGGUGGCUAGUACCACGGGGUCUGGUGAGGUGACGGGUGUGGUGACUGAGUCUGUGGGAAGGGGGGAGCCGACGGCGGGGUUUGAGGAUGGGACUGGGUCGUUGGGUACGGGUUCAGGUGAGUUUCACCAUCUUGCUUUCUCCUUGAGCCUUUGCACAUUUCUGCCUACUCUUUCAUGGCCGAUUUACUACUACAUUACCAGGCUUAUCCACCGGUGCGAAAGUCGGGAUAGCAGUCGGUUCUACCGUCGUUGCCUUGGCACUGGUUGCAUCUGCUGUCAUUACAUGGCGUCUCAAGGUCAAGGCUCGUGUAUCUCUUUCCAGACGUAAAGAUGCCAGGGAAGUCAGGGCAAACGAUGCCGGAAAAACUGAAGUUCCUCAACUGCAAAUUAUCCGGCACUCAGGACUCCCAGCAGCGACCAUUCGUUACAACUAGGUUGCCGAGAUAUGUCAAGCAAGAUCUUGAUGUCAAAACGAACUAUCACGGUCUAGGUGCCGCAUGCAUGCAAGCGUUCACCGGUAGACCACCGGUAGACCGGCCCUACCGGAUAUUGCACGGCCCCGGCCUGUCAAAGGUGAAGUCGCAGCGUCAUUGGGCCGCAUCUACACUACAUCUCCGCGCGCGCGCGUGCCGUCCCGAUCUCUGCGGCCGGGAUCGUCAAAUCGUGCAUGAGCUUCUCCGCAGUUGCAAUUAUCCGGAGUGUGCUUCUGAG